AUGGAGUUUGAUGUUUGGGUAUUGCCAUGCGCAUAUUGUUUAAUUUGCUUGUAGUUUAUUUUGUUUCAAAAGAAACUAAAGAUUGAUGUUACUUUAAUGAAACGAAUAUUCCAAUAUAAUUGCUAUGGAACUGAAAUCAUACAUAAAAAAGUAUUGAGAUCACAAUUUUUUUGUUUAUGUAAGAAAUUAAAUAAAAGUAUUUGAAAGGUUAGAUUCUUAAUUAUUUUCUUUAGAAAUAUUUGUUCAUCUGCAUUUUAUUUUUAUCUCCAUAUCUUUUGAAUUUUCAGUACAAACUUGAUCCUCUUCUUAAUUUUCUACUAUUUAUACCUUAGACAAGAAUGGGUACAAAAAUAUUAAAUGAUAUUCACAAUGACAUGAAACAGUUAAUUACAGCAAUUACAUCUUUUGAGGUAAUAUGCUUGUAUAUUUAUCAAUUAAUAUAUUUUACAUUGGAAUAAAUAUUCAUCAUUUAAUAAAAUGAAUCAUUUAAUAAAUACGUAUAUACCAUUUUUUGUAUAAUUUUUAGGAAAAUGAAGAAGGGUUUCGAAUUUGUGAACGAUUUUGUAUGACAAACAUCAAACAUCAUCGGUAUUUAUCUGUUGAUAGUAACAGCACAAAACAAGCUAUUAAAGCUUUAAUUACAAAAUUUUCAAUUCAUGGAAAAUAUGAUGUAGCAAAAAAAUUCGAAGAACUUGUAAAUGCAUUUCUAAUAAGUUUUAAUUUCGAACAACAUCCACAAUAUGAUUUGCAAUGGUAUCUGUUAACAUUGUUAUUCGAAUUAGCUAAAGAAACUUGUAAAUCUGAUUUGGAAUCUUUAAAAUUAACACGUGGAGAAUAUACUUUCAAUGUAUCAGGUGAAGAUGAAAAUGAAGUUACAGAGGAAAUUGAUUGGGCUGAAUAUUUAAAAGAAGGCCAAGAAAACUUUUUCAAUGAUUAUAAAAGUGAUUCAGAGAGUGAAUGGUCAAAUGAUAUAGAAGAUAAUGUGGAUCUAGAUUCAAAUUUUGAUGCAUCUACAAAUAUCAUAAAUUCAAAUAAAGCAGUAUGCAUACCUUUUGUUGAAAAAGAAUUAAAUAAUUUAUCUUUAGCUUUAAACGAAGAACUCAAAUCUAAAAAUUGGUUAUUAUCAAAUGUUCAAAAUACUUGGUGGAAUGAGUUAAGAUGGAGAAAGCAUAAAGCAAAUGGAGGGGAUUUUUACACACUUGGAACUCUUAGCGAAUAUCUUGUAUGUAGAGAAUUGUUAUGGAUGUUUUAUGCUCCAACGCAAAUGGUAGUUUUUCAACAAAAUGAAAAAACAGAAUUUUUUAUUCGUUCUGAUAUAUCAAUACCUAGUUUAACUACUGUUGCAUUCAAUAGUAUUCUUUCACCCUUUUGUAAAUAUUUUUCAAUGAUACGUGAUAUAGAACAAUUUGGAAUUAGAUUAUAUUCAGAGCAAGAUAAUUUUUGUGAAAAACCACCUUUAACAUAUGAAACUUAUAAUGCAAUUCUAAAACAACAUUUGAUGAAAUUUAAAGAGAAAAUAAUUGAUGUAGAAAAAAUUCUUGUGAAGCAAGAUAGCAAUUUAACAUUUCUAUCUUUAUCAUCAAUUUUGAAAAAGAAUUUGUAUGGUAUACAAAUUUUACAUGAAAUUCAUAAAAAGUCAAUAUGUAAUUGGAAGCUUCAUCCAAAUUGGAAGUGUGCAUCUAAAUUAUUAUCGUCUUUAUAUUUUGAAAUACAAAACUCACACAAUCGAGAAAGAACAAAUAUUUGUACCAGUUUAUAUUUAUCUAGUCUUACUGUUUAUUUAAAUAUAAUUGACACAUGGUUAAGCGAAGGCCGAUUUGAAGAUUGGAGAGAGGAAUUUAUAAUUGCAAGGUUACCAGGUAGUGCAGUUUCAGAAAGUAAUAUACAAUAUGAAACAUUUUUUUUGAGACCUUUGGGUAGUAUAUGUUUAGCAGAUCCAGUCUUGCAGUUCCUGAUAAAAAAGAUACAACAUAUAGGGCAAAGUAUUGAAUUAUUAGUAUCUUUAGAUCGAAUUACAGAUAUAUGGAAGAUUAAUAUUGGAAGAAAUGAAUUGAAGAGAUCUUUAGUUGAUGAAUUUUAUACCAAAUUAGAAAUAGAAAUUUCUAAAUAUAGUAUAGAUAAACAAAAAGAAGAAGGAAGUGUAUCUUCAUUUCAAGAAGAAGAAGUUAUUAAAAAUGAAUAUGAUGAGGAUAUGGAAAAAAAUAUUAUAAAACAGUUAUCUGAAUUUAAUAAUCCAUUUUUAUUAAAAGCUCUAGAAGAUUAUCUUCCUUCUGAGUUAUUAAAGAGAGAUAAUGUAGAUGAUGUUGGGGUUUCUAAAAAUAUUCAGAUAGAAACUAAUAUUUUUAAAAGGCUUGAAAAAGUAUCAAAUUAUAUAUUACCACUCAGAAAAAUAUUAGAACAUAUUUUAACAGAAAUUUUAAUUUCACGAUAUAAUGGUGCCAGCAAAUUAGUCAAGAAUAUCAUGUGUGAAGAAUAUAAAUUAGAAUCACAUUUAAUGUUAAUGAGAUCUGUUUAUAUGAUGGAAGCAGGUCAUAUUAUGAAUAAAUUUUACCAAAGAUUAUUUUAUGAGAUUGAAACUAAUCAAAUGUGGAACAAUUCAUAUUUUUUAUCAUGUAUACUUGAAGAAAUCCUUUCUCAAUGGUGGACAGAUUCAAGUUCACGUUGGUCUAUUACAGUUUCUAAUACUCACACAAAUCAAGUAUUAAUGGCUGUUGAUAAUAUAACAUUACAUUACACAAUAGGCUGGCCUAUAAAUAUUGUAUUAAAUGAAAAAACUUUCAUUUAGAAGGUUCAAAAUCAGUAUGCAAAAGGAAUAAAUUAGAACAGUUUCAUAUCAGACGUAUUGAAAGCUUAAGAUUUUGUUUAUUACAUGCAAUUACAUUAGUACAUACGUACUUAUCUGGUCAAGUAUUACAAAAUUUAAGUCUUAUGUUAGAAAAAUCUUUGACACAAGCCGAGAGUUUGGACACAAUUAUAUCAGUUAAUUGAGAUGUGUAAUCAUAUCCGUGCUCGAUGGAAUUAUAAAAAAUUAACAUUUGCUAGUGAAGAAUUAGAUGUGCUAGAAAACAGUUAUAAUAAAUAUCAUACAUACCUUGCUUUAGCCUUACAUAAUGCAGUUCAGAAUAAGGAUGCAAAUUACUCCAAUCCCUAAAUUCCUUUCAGAUGAAUUAAUGCUACAAUAUCAAAUUAAUACAAAAGAUAUUUAUAUAGAAAACAAUAUCACCAUGUGUCCAUUUAAUAAUCUCAGUCAUAGUUUGCUAAUUGAAAUAGCUUAUCAAUAUUUACCACCAUCAGGCUUGCCUAUUCCAAUUCCAAAGAUUAUACAUAAAAUGGAUUGGUAUAACAGCAGUUUAAAUUCGGAAAAUUCUUUACCAAGUGAUAUUAUUCUAAAUGAAUAUGAACAAACAUUUUCAUACAUACGUUGGUAUCAAUUAGAAGAAAGUAUUAUUACAGUUAAUUUAUCUCCAUAUGCCUUAUGUCGUGAAAUGCAAGAUUUUAUUAACGAUAAUAAAUUAGAAGCAAAUUAUUAA